UAACAUUUUAAUACAGCUCAUUCUAGGCACUCGAAGACGUCACGCCGUAAAAACUCCAUUUCCCAUAAGCCAGUUGCCGGAAGUGGAGUCCGUUGGAGCGGAAGUGGAGGAGUUGUUUGUUAGCAACAGUCGCCGUGGUCCGUGUGACGCGUUUGAAUCGUCUGAAUGAUGUUUGCUCGUGCUGAUGAGACAGCUGGAGAUAUUCCUGUGAAGGACAUCACUGUCAACCCGAGUGGAGCAGCCACAUUGCCUGAGGCCCUACUGUCUCAUAAUAUCAGAGAGAGACAGAAUGUGUCUAAAUUCAGCAAGGAGGAGCUGGAGGACAAAUUUCUACGGCUGCAGGAUGAAAACCUCACACUUAAACAACAUGCAUGCAAACAAGAAGACAAGAUCCGCAGGAUGGCCACCAAGUUGAUUCGUCUGGUGAAGGACCGCAAGCAGAGCGAGGGCGGUCGAGAUGUUGAGAUGGAGGAGAUGAUGGAGGAGCUGCAGGAGAAGGUUCAGGAGCUGGAGAAACAGAACGAAGGGCUCAAGCGGCGGCUGUUAGCAGCCAAACAGCAGCUGCAGGUGCAGAACCGCCGGCACACUCCCUACAGCCACAUCCAACCACGCAUCAACUCCGGCCUCCGCAGACUCACAGACGACAUGCCCAUGGCAUCGCCAUCACGACCACACACUCCCAAAGCAGGUAUCAGGCAUGUUGAAGGGGACAUGAGUGCAAAACCACCCCAGGGUUUGUUGCCCCGCUAUGGACACAGUCUGCUGGAUGAGGCCCGUGCUGAAAUCCGCAACCUAGAGAAUGUGAUUGAGAGCCAGCUAGCUCAGAUGGAGGAGAUGGAGAGAUCAGCGGAGAUGCUGAGAGAUCAACUGAAGAGGAAAGAGAGAGAGUUUGAAGAAUCACUCCUCCAGAUGAGAGAGCAUCAGGCCAGCGGACAGAGGUUAACUAUAAAGGAUAAUGUGGAGAUGAUCAAACUACAGAAGCUGUUGUCUGAGAGAGCAAACACACUCACAGUGCUGGAGGGCAGAUUUCUACAGCAACAGGAGAGUAUGAAGACUCUGAAGGCCAGUCAUGAUGCAGCGCUGGUGAAGGUGGAUGAAGUGAGCCGACAGCUGAAGGAGGAGAGACUGAAGAGUUUGCAGCUGGAGACACAGAUUCAGACCAGAGCUCUGGACCAGAGACACACACAAGAGUUACAAGAGAGAAUCCAAGAUUUGGAGAAGGAGAGAGACUUGCUCAAGGAAAACUGUGAUAAAUUAGUGAAAAGUGUGUUUGAUGUGAGUCAGGAGCAGAAAUGGAAGACGAGAGAACAGCAGCUCAAACUACAGGUGGCCCAGCUGGAGAUGGCAUUAAAGUCCGACCUCGCUGAUAAAAACCAGAUCCUGGAUAAGAUCAAGGCAGAGAGAGAUUUAAAUGAAAAACUGAUGCAAGAAAACAGGGAACUUCAGCUGCGUUAUCUCGAGCAGAAACAACAACUGGAUGAAAUUAAAGAGCGCAUGAAGUUCUUUACCAAGGAAAGUGAAAUAGAUGCAGCUGAACUCAGUGAAGCCCUCAUGCUUAUAAAGGUUCGUAGGAUUCAGAAGAGUGGAGAGCUUGGAUUUCUGGAGAAGGUGGAGGAAGAUGUGAAAGUGGAUGUGGAGCGAUCUUUGAGGGAACUGCAGGCCACUCAUGCUGAGACCGUCCAAGAGCUGGAGAAGACCAGGAACAUGCUCAUCAUCCAACACAAGAUCAAUAAAGACUAUCAGGCUGAGGUUCAAGCUGUCACUCGUGUGAUGGACGAUCUGAAACUUGAAUAUGAAUUGAAGUCGGAGAAGCUGGCUCAGCUUCUGGACAUGAGAGCUGCCAAGAUAAAGAAACUUGAAGCCCAGCUGAAAGACAUUGCAUAUGGAACCAAGACCCAUGUGUUCAGACCUGAUGUGACCAGCAAUGGUGUUACAGAUGAGUUUGAUGAAAGCCUCCGCUUGGCUCGAGGCGAGAACCUUCUGGAAAUUCACUUGGGGAGAGCGCAGUUCUCUCCUGAAGCUGUAGAGAGUCUAAAGGACAAAGAUCCAUCCACCUUCUGCACAUACGCCUUCUAUGACUUUGAGCUGCAGUCCACAGCUGUGGUUCGAGGUGCCCAUCCAGCGUACGGCCUCACGUCUCAGUAUCUCAUGAGGGUGGACGAUCUCUUCUUGAACUAUCUCCACAGCAGCUCAGUUACGGUGGAGGUUCAGCUCGCUGAGGGCUUGAGCUUCUGCACGGUGGCUGCUGGUCAGCUCAGGUUAAAUCAGUUGCUGGAACGAGAUGGGAAGGUGUUUGGCACCAUUCAGUUAGUCGGUGUAACAGAUGAGAUCCAGGUGUUUGGUGCUCUAGAGUACUGGCUCAAACUCAGGGUUCCUAUGGAACAAGCCAUUCGCCUUUAUAAGGAGAGAGUCAAAGCUCUUGGUUACCUCAACACAAGCAUGAGGGACAGCCAGGCUUUAUCUGUUCCGGUCCCUAGUUGCCCAUCAUUGAUGGAUGGGGAUCUAAAUGAACUAAACAUCACCAUACACUCCUGCUGUGAUCUCAGAUCCAGAGGUCCUCACACCCAACCCAGCCCCUACAUCAUCUACAAACUCUACGACUUCCCUGACCAUGAUACUCCAAUCAUAUCCUCCACCAAUGAGCCGCAGUUUGAAGAUCACAUGGUCUUCCCGGUGGCCAUGAACUCUGACCUCGAUGUGCUCCUGAGGUCAGAGGCUCUGGUGUUUUAUGUGUUUGAUGAUUUGGAUGUUGAGAACCAGCUGUAUCUGGGGAAGGCCAGAGUACCGCUCAUCUCGCUGGCUCACGAUAAAACCAUCACUGGUAUGUUUGAGCUCACAGACCCUGAGGGACUUCCAAGCGGCCAAAUCAGUGUGACUUUGCAAUGGAAGUUCACGUACCUUCCUCCAACAUCCUCGGCUAUCACCACACAACAGACCACGAUCACUGGCAGAAUGACACCGGAGAGACAGACAGAGACACAACUGAUGACCAAAGACCCUCCACUAAUACCUCAGCCCACUGUUUCUGAGGCUCCAAUGCCCAAACCCAGGCAGCGAACUCUACCAAAAUCAACUACUAAAAGAGUUUCUUUUGUGGAUGUUACAGAGCUUGAAAAACAGAUGGAGCAGACUACAGCCUCUGAUGAAGGUGAUGAUGAAGAGCCGAAAUCAUCUGUGACCCCUGCACCAAAGACCGUCAUAGUGCUGGAAGCAGGAGAGGCCACUGCAGUCAGUGAGGAAGAGGAUGAGGAAGAGUCUCAUUUCUCUGAGGGUCAGGUGAUCACCGCCAGUUCUCAGUCUGAUGAGUCUGAGAUUUCUGAGGAGCUGCAAGAGCCACUAACAGAUGUACAGGGUGAGGAUGAUGACAGCGAUGACUGCAUCGUUCCUGCUCAGAGCUCACAGCAUAAAAAACAGCCGUCCGAGUGCAUUCGUGUGGAGAUCGUUUCUAUGAGUCUGAAGCCAGGCUCAAGAGUGGCGGAAGACAGUGCAAUUGUCCGACUGUUUGUGGAGUACUCUUUCCUGGGCCUGCCAUCAGUCGAGACCCCACUGUCUCUAAAGAAACCUCUGCCUGGACACAGCGUCUCCUACAACUUCAGCAAUGUGAUCCAUGUGGAUAAGGAGAGUAACCAGUCCAGACGGCAAACUCUAAGGGCAGUGCUGGAGGGCCGGAAAAGACAACUUGAGCAUAUAAAAUUCACGAUGGUGAGUGACCCUCCUGAAGAGGAGGAGCAGGACGAGGAGUGUGAGGAUGUGGGCGUGGCCUAUCUGCGUAUUCUCGAUAUUAUGGAGAAACACCGAGACAUGAAGGACGUCAGCCUCAACAUUGUGGACGUUCAGGACAGCAGUGAAGUUAUUGGCCAUCUAGUUGUGACCGUCGAAGCUCUGGAGGCUCUAACAUCCAUCAUGAAAGAUCCAGAGCGUGAUCAACCUCUAACUACACUUGCUUAAUUGACCAAAACCAAUGAUUUAUUUUUUCCAAUUGUGGAAUAUUAAAUGUUCCUUAAAUCAUUUUCGUUUUUAAUUAGAUACACCAAAACGAAGUUAAAUGUAAUGCAUGGGGCGGUCCGUUUGGUUUUAAACGCUACAGACGGUAUAACAUAUGGGAACAAAACAGUCCUUUAUGUAAACGCCAUCACGCGGCUUUGAUCCCUUACGGUGUGAAAUCAUAUCCUACUGUUUCUCUUUAUGGCCUCCAGUGUUGCGUUUGAUGGAGCGCUGAUGUUUAGACCUUUAAUAACUUUGCUUAAUGAAAAGGCUGUUAAGCCUCAUUAGGCAGCUCUGUGGCAGGCGGCGAUAUUUUAUUGAAGGUGCGAAAUGAAAUCUAACUGGAUUUAAUGGGAUUAAAUCAAGCUCUUUAAAAUGCUAAUGCAGAUUUUCACGCGUGUCGAGCUGUGGCGCUCGCGCAGACACUUCUUCUGUUUUGGUGUGUGCGAUUGAAUGUGAAAUGUUACUGUUAUCUGCACUGCAGAUCAUUUGAUAUUUUCUUUAUAGGUCUGCAUAUGAGAGUACAAUUCUGAUUAUUUAGUAUAUUUUGUAGAGAUGUAGAUGCUUUAUUUUGAAUGUACCUUUGUAGACAG